AUGCUGCGCGUGGCCAGGCGCUCCCGCCCCGCCCCCAAGGCACCGCCCCGCCCCGCCCCGCCCCGCCGCCUCCCACCCAGAACCGGCGGGGUGGGGGCCGUAGGAAAUGGAACCAAGCCGCGCGCGCGCGCGGGCUAUAAGAGCCGAGGAAGUAAGCAGUCUCAAAAGGGGUUCGCGGUGGGGCACACCAAGGGGCGACCUGGGGCACUGAGCUGUGGUGCGGCCCCAGGACAGGCCCGAGGGGCAGUUCCACACCGGCAGGUACAGCACCUCCAUGCCUCGAGGCAUGACGCGGCCCGGGAGCUUCAAGAUGACGCCGAGCGUGGGACGGCUGCACCUGUCUGGCCAGCCCGCAGCCCCCGCGCUCUCCUACCAAGGGCCCAGCGAGGCGGUGCGGCCCGCUUUGGGUUGGGGUGUCUGCCGGAGAAGCGCCUUACAGAGGGAUUCCGACGGUGGGCGCUAAGACAAAGUGGCCCACACACCCUGCGCACCGGCCCCGGGCAGCGGCACCCGGAACUCGCGGCCCUCUGGGGGAUCCUGUCUUUGUUUUGUUUUGUUUUGUUUUGGGGGGGGUUGUUUGCUUGUUUUGUUUUUUUAGACGGGGUCUCACUCUGUCGCCCAGGCUGGAGGGCAGAGCUGCGAUCACGGAUCAGUGCAAGCUUGAACUCCUGGACUCAAGCGAUCCUCCUGCCUCAGCCUCCCAAAGUGCUAGGAUUACAGGUGGAAACACUGAGCGCCAAGCUGACCGCUGGGUGCUGUGGUUGCUGGGAUGAGAAAGACCUGGUCCUUUCCCUCCAGGACGUCACAUUAAACUGACAAGUUCAUUCGGACAAGUUUAUUCAUUCUGGCUUUUCUUUAAAGUGCACGAUCACGAAAGUCUGUGACAGGGUCAUAUUUCUGAGAUGUUAGAAAGUGCGGCGAGCGCUCGAAGAAUAGGAGAAGCUAGUCUCCCUGAGCUCGCAACGGGAGCCGGGUGCGAGCGUCCGCAUCUCCCGGUGGGUGCCCGGCCCCACCGCUGGACUCGCAACCCCAGCGCCCUGCCUUGGCCGCCGCUGCUCUUCCCUCUUGGUGCACGAAAGGAAGACGCCUGUGAGAAACCGAACAGACAAUCGGUCUUGAAUCUUAAAGAUGAGAGUCGGUAGGGCAUGACCAAAAGGGGUGUUGGGCUCCUAGUCCUCUCGGCUUGAUAGUUCGGACGUGACCGACGUCCUUCUAGAGCUCGUACCCCUCCUCUUCACCGGGUAGCAGCAGCAAAGCCCGGAGUGCCAGGUUCUG